UGUGUGUGUGUGUGUGCGUGUGUGUGUGUGUGUGUGUGUGUGUGUGUGUGUGUGUGUGUGGCAGUUAGUAGCAGGCAAGAAGAGGUGGGAGGUGAUAUCUGGUUCCCCCUCCAACAUCGCCGCCACUUUGCAUCUGUCCCUCGCACUUUCAACACAGCGAGCUGCCGCUGCUGCUUCUUUUUCAUUUGGCCCUUCUUCCUCCUCCUCGUGCGCGUUCGCCGGCUCGCCCGCUACCCACUCGCAGGCGAGGCGAGAGAAGGGAAGGACGGACCGGAGCCAACCAGCCAGCCAGCGCGCAAGCCACACGGCUCCGGCUCCCCGGCCACGCUGGACAUCAUCGAGUGGAUGCGUAGCGCCGCAGGUUAUGAGGACAGCAGGAUGGAGUUCCCCGACCACAGCCGCCAUUUGCUGCGGUGUCUGAGCGAGCAGCGGCACCAGGGCUUCCUGUGCGACUCGACGGUGCUGGUGGGCGAGGCGCAGUUCCGCGCGCACCGCGCCGUGCUGGCCUCGUGCAGCAUGUACUUCCACCUCUUCUACAAGGACCAGCUGGACAAGCGCGACGUGGUGCACCUCAACAGCGACAUCGUGACGGCGCCGGCCUUCUCGCUGCUGCUGGAGUUCAUGUACGAGGGCAAGCUGCGCUUCCAGGACCUGCCCGUGGAGGACGUGCUGGCCGCCGCGUCCUACCUGCACAUGUACGACAUCGUCAAGGUCUGCAAGAAGCGGCUCAAGCGCAAGGCCGCGGCCGGCGAGGCCGACGCCGCGCGGCGCGAGGACGACGGCGCCGGCUCCAGCUGCUCCGACAAGGCCGACAGCCCGUCGGAGGGC